AUAUUUGUCUAAUUUGCCGAAAUAUUUCAGAAAAUAUGCUUAAGCACUGAGAGAAAAAAGAUGGCAGUGGGUUGUUGGCCUGCCAGGAAGUUGUUAGGUUCUGGAAUAUAUUCUGUGAGAUGCUUACAUUGUGUUUUAUGUACGCGCUGUGUACAUACAUCUCUCCUGUACAUGUACAAGGAAGACUAUACUAAGCUAGGAAUACCAGAAAACUCUUCAAUAGAAGAAAUCAAAAGUGCAUAUUUUAAAAAAGCGAAGGAGUUGCACCCAGACUCCAGAACAGAUAACUUAAAUGAAGAAACAGACUUUAUUGAUUUGACAAAUGCUUACAAGAGAUUAGUGUACGAGUCUAAAUUUGGUACAGACAGCUUUAAUGUUACAGAUCCCAGGAAUGACCCUAGACGUCAGGAGUACUGGGAUAUUCGGAAAAGAACAAAAAGUACUAAAGAAAUAAAGGUUGAGGAAGAAAUUCUUCGGCAACGGAGGGAAAAGGAGAGAACAAUGCUGAGAAAAGCUUUCCUUGGUUUGAUGCUUGGUAUUUUCUUCGGAACUAUAUUUCCAGCACUAUUUAUCGGAGAGAAUGAUUAUAAGGAGGUUUGUACAUGUGAUAAAUGUUCCCUUCACAGAAUUCGAACCAAUCCAUCAACCAGGUUUAUGUUGCAAAAGAAUACCAGGGAUACAGCUCAUACAGCGCCAUCUUUAUAGAAAUAUGUUAGUUUAAAACCUUGUUAUCAUCUAUUAGUAAAAUAUAAAAUCUAUAAUUUAA